AUGCUGCUCACACUGAAACCCUCGUCACAGAACGGGGUCAAAGGGCCUCAUGACUACGCCAUCGUUCGCCAGUCCGUUCCAACCCCACGGUCUUCCCCGUCCUCGGUACCGGAUCGAUCAACGGCCACGGCGCCUUCAAGACCAUCGGCAGACCAUUCCAUGGACAGUUCUCGCAGCGGGCUGCCGCCCCCGGCCUCCCUAACUCUGCCCCCGCCUAACCGAAGCUUCGCAAGUGGCCAUAGCCCCGGCAAUGCCAUGAAUCCAGCUCUCCCGCCGCCUCCGGGCCAAUGGCAGAGCUCCGAUGAAUCCAUGCGCCAUUGGCUUCAAGCUAAGGCGGAAGAGGACCGGAGGAAGCAGGAAGAAGAGAAGACGCGUCAAGAGUCUCUGCGACUCGAACAACGGAGGCUCGAGCAGAGCAUGCUGCGCGAUGCCUUGCAGGCCGGAAUUCCGCCGCACCUGAUUCCGCUCAUCUUUGCGGGGAUCAGUCCCGGCGGGCUUCCCCCCUCCAUCCUUGAGAUGGUUCAACAACACAUGGCGCAAUCGGUUCCCCCGCGGGGAUCGGCUCCUUCGAUGUCGGGCUUGUCACACGCCCCAACACAACACCAACGGCGGCCAUCGCACGUCCGUCGUGACUCCCGCAACCUUCCCCUCAACCCUUAUCCCGCCCCGUCAGUCCCAGCACAGGCAGUGCCACCUCCUGGCAUCCUACUCUCUCAACCGUUGCACCCCGUAGGCACGUCUCCGACUGUGCAGCCGCUCACUCGACCGCCGGUCACAAACAAUGCUGUUGAUGCUCGACUGCCCCCGGCGGUCCCCAGAAUGCCUCUGGGCGAGCCGCAGCUUCAGCCUCCCCCGCCCAUCAACCUCAGUCAUGUACACUACGCUCCCGGCUCUUCCAUACCCGUUACGCAGCCAGCAACGGGCAAGUCAGACCCCGUCUCCCGUCCUUCUCCACCGUCUCUGUAUUUUCAUCAUUGGGUGCCUCCUGGCCAACCGCCGGCCAACCCCGUGGGAGGGCGGACUCGACAGGAUUCGCCAGGGCCACCGCAAGGACCCCGUCGGGUGGAGUCUCAUAGCUCUCCAGGACGCAAGAGGAAGGCGACUGGCCCUCAUAUCCCCGCUCCGAUGCCGUCAUCGCGAGGGCCGGAGCCCGUCCCUGGCAGCAGCACCGUGUACACCUCUCAACCAGGGUCACCAACCUUUGGUGACCCUCGCCUUAGUGUGUCGAACGAAGCCUCAUCAUAUUACGACCUUCAUGCGACGGAACCAAGACCUGACCGGCCUAGACGUGGCCCAAGCCCCGACCCGGCCACGGAAGACGAGGAUUUGGGACCGCACCGUGAAGAGUAUGUUCGUGCUCGAGAGAACUCGACCGCGCCAGAACCUUCUUCGACUCGACUAUCCGGGAUACAGCAAGAUACGGUUGCUGAGAUGACAUUGCCAGAUUCUGGGUCUACAAGAAGUCCAGGCCCACCGGCCGGUUUGGGGCCAAAUCUAGCAAACACCCAACCUGACGCGCCCCGGGGAGGUUGAUUACCCGUUGGGUGUUGACCUUCUUCGCUUACGCAUUGUAAUAAUCUGUGAUCUAUUACCUUUUCCCGUGCUCAUAUCUCUCGGUAAGCGAUUUUGUUUCCCUGCAUUUGGAGCCUUUUGUGUCUAUCGGGAUAGAAGAAGUUUAUGAUACCAAAGACGAGAGACGGCCUUUUCUUCUUUUUUCCGUCUCUUUCUUAUUUGCUGGCAAAAUCUGUCUCUUUCUCCCACUCCCCACCGUCAAAUCUCUCUUCCUGUACCCUCCUCUUGUCCUCUACUAUCCUCUCAACCACUCAUGCGAGAAGUCCUUCCUGUCACGGCCAUGGUAAACACAAUCCUCCGCAUAUGUACUCGAACUGCAAGACCUUGCAUCCUCGCCAGAGGAAAAAAAAUAACCCUCGGUUCUCCGAGUAGGGACGCUUCCUUG